GAGCCGAGCACGGAAGAACCGAGCAGCCCUCUCGAGGCCACGAGUCCUGGUUCCAUCCUGCGCAACAACAACGGUGUGAAUGAAGCUUUAAGCGGAACCAGUCACGCUUCACGAUUCUCGAGCGCUCCUCCUCGUCCUCGUCGUCCUCGUCCUCUCUCUCUUCGCGAACCGUGCAUCGUGCCAUCGUCCUGUUAUCCUGCCGAGCAUAAGGACGGCCGCGCGCGCGCGUCCUCGCUCUACGCGAGAUCGGAGGAUCGCUGUUCGUCCUCUGGAUGCACGGAGAAUUAACGGUGACGUCUACGACAGCGAUGGAUCGCACGCAAUGGCGGCACCGGCAGUCGACAGAUGAAACUCGGCGAAAAAGGCCGCAGUUCUUGCGUUACAAGAAAAGAGUUCUCUCGGAAGAGAGGAACGAAGAGUGAAGGGUAGGAGAGGAAUAAGAGAGAAAGAAAGAGCAAGAAAGAAAGAAAGAGAGACGAAAAGAAAGAAAGAGAGAGAGAAAGAGAGAGAGAGAGAGAGGUGGUUUUUAAGAAGUGGAAGGAGAAGAAACGGAAGGAGAAGGAAACUAAACGCGAACGGGCUAUUACAUACAGAAGCGAUCGUUUCCGAUCUCGAAAAUAAUGGGUUGAACCCUCGCGUCGUUAAAUUCGCAAGAAAAAAAGAGAAAGGAAGAGAGAGAGAGAGAGAGAGAGAGAGAGAGAAAGAGAGAGGGAGAGAGAGAGAGAGACGGAGCGAGAGAAAACUAGAGGCUCGUUCAUCGACCAAGAGGAUGAUGAUCGCGACAAAAUGGUCCCGAGCGAAGAUGAUGCUGAGCGUCGUAAAAAGCGUCCCUAGCAACGUCGUUUUAUGGAUCUAUGCGAUAUAAAAAAAUAUAUAUAAUAUAUACGUAGAUCUAUACGAGUAAAUAAUUGCAUAUGUAUAUAUAUGUAUAUAUAUACAUAUAUGUAUAUAUAUAUAUAUAUGCAUAUGCAUACAUAUUCUUAUGGACAUACAACGAGAGAGAGAGAGAGAAAGAGAGAGAAGAGAGAAAAAGAGAGAAAGAAAGAGAGGAAUCCCUCAUCGUUUUUGAAUGAUGUGAUGUGUUGGUGACAAGUGUGGAUUUUUUCGUUUUGUUUUUGAUUUUUCUGUUAUAUAAACCUCACUGUGAUCAUAGAGAUCAUUAACACGUACAAAAUAAAAAAUAAAAAAAGAAAUAUCGUAGGAGAUCAUAUCGAGUCGGUAAAGUAUAUCGAAGGUAACUCCUGCAGAAAUCCGCUCUGAUGUGAUUCUCCGAACGGAGCGAUUUCUUUAUUUAUUUAUUUCUUUCAUUCUUUUCCGAACGAACGAAGGAACGUGCGCGCUCGACUUCCUCGGAUCCUCUUCGAUAUAUAUCUUCGUUGAUCUAUCGAGAAUGUUUAUCGAACUUCGUCGUCCCUAUCCACGAUUUCGAUUUUGAUACGAUUUUUUGUUACGUUUUAUUUUUUUGUUUGUUUUUUUUCGGUUUUUUUUUGCUCGCUCGCGUAUUCGGGAGGGUUUUACGAGGACAACAAGACGAGACGAAGUCGAAUCAUCUACGAUUCAAUGACCGGAGGGGUCUUAAAUUUCCAUCUGGACGAUAUGAAGAGGAGAAUCGAACGAAGAAGAGAGAAGGAUUGUCAGGAGUUGCAUACUUUGAGAUCGUUUUUCGAAGAGGAUACGAAAUCCUGUCGUCUUUGGUAAAGUGUUCCUUUCCUACAAAAGGAAUAAGUAUACUGGAAAGAAGAGAAAACAGAAGAAGUAAAUGGGAAAGAGAGAGACUAGAACGUAAACGUUGACGUACGAGAUAAGUCGAGGAUAAAAAGAAAGAAAAAGAAAGAGAGAGAGAGAGAGAGAGAGAGAGAGAGAGAGAGAAAGAGAGAAAAAGAGAGCGAGAGAGAAAGAAAGUAAGAGAGAAAGAAAGAAAAAGUCGCUAUAGUCUUUGUCAAGAGUGCCGCGAGAACGCGAAUGGUGAACGACGUGCCCGUUAGCGAGGUGCACCAUCGCCGGGCAGCAUCAUCAGUUUCCUUCGUACAAUGGACGUUUUCAAAAUCGACCAGUCCCUGAGCGCGGGUCUGGGUAGCGCCCCGGCGCCGGACACGCUCACUCCGGAAGUGUCCUUCGACGCCGGUAGCGAGUUCAAUUUAAGCUUCUUCGACGGUCCAGAGGAGAACAGCACUCAAGGAUUCAGCGAUCCUGGAUCGGUUGGGAGUGCGAGUGCCUCGCCACCUCCUGGUACACCAGGAACCAUCGCCGCUAAUCCACCGAACGCCGCGCUACCGAUAGUCCAGGUGCCUUCAGGCAUCGUCAUUAAGCAAGAGCAACAUUACGCGGCAGCCGAUUCCAACAGUUCGACGCCCGCUAAAAGUUUUGUACCUUGUAAAGUUUGCGGUGACAAGGCGAGCGGUUAUCACUACGGUGUUACUAGCUGCGAAGGGUGCAAGGGAUUCUUCAGAAGAAGCAUACAAAAGCAGAUAGAAUACAGGUGCCUGAGGGACGGCAAGUGUCUAGUGAUCAGAUUAAAUCGGAAUCGCUGCCAGUAUUGCAGAUUCAAGAAGUGCCUAGCUGUCGGCAUGUCCAGGGAUUCUGUCAGAUACGGCAGAGUGCCGAAACGUUCGCGAGAACGAGGCCCUGAAGAUUCCGUACCUACGACCACGACGACGACCACAUCGACGACUACAACUGGCGUGCAACAGCUCACGUCUUCCGCUGGCACUGGCAAUAACAACAAUAACAAUAACAAUAAUAAUAACAACAACAAUAACAACACAAGCAGUCAAAAUAAUAACAAUAAUAAUAAUAACAAUAACGGACAAGGAGGCAACGCCAUGCCAAGAAUACCUCCAUCAGCGGUCGCUGAAGCUGAUCAAUCCGACACGGACGUUAAGCAGUUGGCAGUCUACGAUGUUAUCCUUCAAGUGUCGCAAGCGCAUCACGCGCAUUGCGGUUUUACUGAGGAAUCCACGAGGGGUCUUAUACGAAAGCCCAUGAUAAUACCGGCGAGUGAUUCUUCGCAGCCGGCCAGCCCAGAAGAUCCAGAGGCGGCCUCCUCAACUGCGGAGACCGUUGAAUCGCAAAGAAUCUGGCUGUGGCAACAGUUCGCUACUAGAGUCACACCGUCGGUACAGAGGGUGGUAGAAUUUGCCAAGAGGGUUCCAGGAUUCUGUGAUCUCUCGCAGGACGAUCAACUCAUUCUUAUAAAGGUUGGCUUCUUCGAGGUCUGGCUUAGUCACAUUUCCAAGAUGACCACCGAUAGCUCGAUGACCUUCGAGGAUGGUACUUAUAUCACCAGGCAACAAAUGGAACUCAUGUAUGAGCCCGACUUCGUGGCCGCCUUGAUGCAAUUCACAUCAUCUUUAAACGCUCAUCAGCUGACAGACGCCGAAUUAGGUCUCUUUUCGGGUGCAGUGCUUCUCGGAGAAAGGGCUGGUCUUAACGACGUUAAAGCGGUCCAGAGGCUUCAGGAUCGUCUUUUGGAAGCUCUCAGAGUGCAAACUUCAAGAAAUCACAAUGGCACAGGUGGAGAAGCAACCUCGGCGUCUGGCUGUGCCAGCAUAUCUGGAGUUUCUCAGAGGAUACCGGAACUCAGGGCACUUGGUGCAAGGCACGCAAAUCUUUUAGAUUGGUUUAGGAGAAACUGGACAAAGCUGAAGCUGCCACCUCUCUUCGCCGAGAUCUUCGACAUUCCCAAGUGCGAGGAAGACCUGCAAUGAAGAGGAUGCGUAUCGAAACGGCACGGGUAUAUGAUUCCUGCCGGGAUAAAUCUAACUUUCCAGCGCUCAUCGCACAAAUAGAAAAUUCAGGAAACGUUCUCGAUUUCGCUGGUAGACGACAAUGACGUAUCGUUGGUACGAUGUGAGAUGCGAUCGAAGGGCUCAUCGAUUUUCCGCAUCUCAAUAGAUGGACCAGACCAUCUUUGGAAAGGAUCCUCCUGGUCUUUUCUUUUUAACGGAGGGUACGGAUUAGCAAUAAAAGCAAAACCAUUCUCGGUGUGGGCCAUAUAUGGGAAUGGAAAAUAUUCGUGUCGCUUUAUCGCGAUGGAUACAUAUAUAUCGGAACAAAUAUAAUGUAUAUAUAAAUCGCAUUUUAUUCGUGAUUUUAUGGGAGUCGUUUCGAUGGCGAGAAAGGCGUUUUAAAGUGGAAGUACAAGCAAUACAUAUACAAAGUUAUAUGCUAAAUCCGUGUAACGCUUUGUUACGUCGCUGAGAAAUGAUAGGAUGAAGAAGGAAAGAGAUCGUUUGAAUUCAAAGUAUAAAAAAAGUUGUACCUUUGACGAUACAUAUUGUAAUGACUCGAUAUUUCGCCCUUGGGAGCGCAAUUAAAUACUCAAUAUGUCGGUAUGAUAUUUCGCGUUAAAGUUAUUAUCGUGUAUGCCAUCGUCGCAAUAAGUGAUUCGAAAGUUUGUACGUUUUUGCAUUCGACAUGCGAGGAAAGCACAAAAAAAAAGAUAAUGCAAUCAAGUCCGCGGGUAAGCUUUCGGAGUCCGAUCGGUGUUCUUCUCGAAGUUUUAAGAAUUUUAGCGUAUAAUAAGGACUUUGAAAGUUUUGACGACAAAGGGGAACGUUAGACCUUAAGGAUAACGAAAUAUCGCGAUAUUAGUACAUAUUUGUAAAUUAUUCCGCGAAACACCGGCGAACGAAACACCAAAUUCAUAGACAUAUCGAAGAUGGAAUCAUAAAGUCGUCUAAAAAAAAUCUCUCUACGUUUUCUUGAUUAACCUUUUGUCUUUAAAGAUUUCAAAGUGACGUGUGUAACUAGACGGCAAUAUAAACGUUUGUAUGGAAGUACGCUAAAGUACGAAAUACUCCAGUUCAACAGCCGCAUAAGCGCAAGUAUGAAUUAUCCUAAAAGAAUGAAUUCAUAUUAGACGCAAAGAAUGAAUGAAUCUCACGUUAUAAGACUCGAAAGGAUAUUCUAUAUAGGGCGUACCACUCAAGGUAAUCUGCUACGAAUCUCAAUCUAUGCAAUCUCUAUUUUUAUUACUUGACAAGUAGUAUAGUGUGAAUUAUCUUUAUAUAUAUAUAUAAUAUAUAUAUAUAUAAUAUAUAUAUAUGUAUAUAUUCUAUAUAUAUGUGUAUAUAUAUAUAUAUAUACAUAUAUUGUGCUGACUUACUUCAGGGUAUUCCAUCAAACAGCCGAACGCUUAGAAUCAUUUUAUUCCUAAUAUCUUUUGUGAAAUAUUAUAUACACAAUUGCUCGAGCUGGUAAAAAGUCAUUUAAAAAAAAAAAAAAAAAAUACGUAUGGAACAAUAGCACAUUUAUCUAUGACGAGAUAACCGCCGAGCCAGAAACUAUCCAUCCACAAUCUGAGAUAUUGGUUUUACAAAAAUAAAGCAAGAGAGCCCUGAAGUGAGUGCAUUCAACUCUUCGAACUUUGAACACUAAUAAAUAACUCUCUGACAAUGACUAGGAUAUAAUGCGUAUCAAUAUGUAAUUAUUAUAAAUAAAUAAAUAAAUAAAUAAAUAAAUAAAUAAAUAUAUAUAUAUACAUAUAUAUAUAUAUCCAUCAGAGCCGAGGAAUGAGAAGAAAGAGCAAGUUUAUCGAUAGAAAAAUUAAUGUUUUAUCUAGCGCGUCGUACUUAAAUUAACAAAAUAUUAUAUCGAUACAUCGCUAUAUUGCUAAAGAAAACAAAAAAAAAUUAAGAUGAAUAGAAGAGUCUAUCUUCAUGAUAUUACAGGAAAGAUUCCAACUCUAAACGCUCACAUCAAGUUGUGAAUAAACAUAUCAUAUCUAAUUAAUAUAUUGAGAACAAAGAGGGAAUAUCAUAGUUUAAUAUAAGAAUGGAUCUAUAUAAAAAAUAUAUAUAUAUAUACAUACAAAAAUAUAUAUAUGAAGAUUAUAAAUCUAUAUGCGGAAGAAAUAGAAUUAUUAUUACGUGUUACGUCGAACGAGCGUAGAUCUAUCGUGGUAGCAUACUUCGGCAGCUAUUAAGUCGAUCGUUAUUCACUAAUUCUAUCUAUCUCUCUCUAUCUCUUUUUCCUAAUUCUAAUCACAGUCGUCGUAGUUAAGAAUCGAAAAUUCUUUAACCGAAUUAGGAUCUACCAGAGCAGAGAUCUGCGCAAGGAUCGUCGAAUUAUCUAACGUGCGCAAAUCGUUGGAAAAGAUAAAUUGCUGAAUUGCUGAUCAUACGUUUUUUAUUAUAAUUCGUCUAUGAGACUUAGUUCAUUUUAUUUUUACAUUUUUUUUGUUUUGUUUUCUUUUUUUUUUUUUAAGACAAAUCACAGAAGGAAAAUUUCAAUGAAUCACGCUUCGAGUAGCUGAUACGAUUAUUAUAAUAUUAUUAUUAAAAAAUUGAGAUUUUCCUUCUCCUUCCUUGUGCACGAUCAGAAUUGUUUUAUUUUCUAAAUUUCUAGUCGCUGGGUUCUUUUUUAUUUUUUCAUUAACCGAGCCCUCGAGAUCAAGAAUUAUGAUACUCUCGUGAAUAUAUUGGAGAACACGCGAUUAAAACGGCCAAAUAUACUUAACGUUGGUAUAACUAUUAUGAUAUAUUAUUGAUGGUGUCCAGCAAUCGCUUUAAAAAGUGUUUUUAUCAUACUCGAGCAGAAAUGUCUUAGUAAUAAUAUUCACAGAACCGCGUCGAAUAGUUUUCCUUUCUUUUUCUUUUUUUAUCUUCGUGUUUCGACUUAAAAUAAAAAAUCUCUAAUACGGCUUGUUUCUCGACUCGUUACGAAGAAACUACUAGAGAUUAAUUUCUUUCUUUUCUAUCGUUCUUGAUCAGCCUUAAAGAUUUCGGUCAUGGUGCUAUAAUGUUUGUAAAUACAUUAAUGAAAAUCAUAAUCAAUAUUAAGAAUACAACUAUUGAUUAUUAUUGCGUCAUAUUAUUAUUGACAUUAUUUUAGUAGUAUUGCUACUAUUAUUGACAUUAUUAUUAUGAUAUUUUAUUAUUAUUACAAUUAUUAUUAUUAUUAUAUUAUUAGCACUUUACCGUCGUCGUCAUCGUCAUCGUCAUCAUCAUCAUCCUCGUCAUUUGUACUAUAGCCAUAAUAAUAGUAAUAAUUGCAUUAUCAUUAUUAUUGUUAUUCUCAUUACGCGUAUAACACUUUGUUAGGAAGAGAAGACAUCUCUGGAACAAGUUCGAGAAAAGAGAAAAGAAAAAAAAAACUCAAGCGUAACCCCUUCCAUAUAAUAGAGAGAGAGAACUACGGCGAUUAUAUUAGUUUCAUUUAAUAUUAUCUCUGUGUAAAGUUAUAGAUAAACGAAUGCUUAAGCGUACAUCGCGUUUCGUCACAUAGCACACACUAUACAUCUAUAACCUUCUUUUUUAAUAUAAAUGAAAUGUCAGCUAUACGAUAAUUACACGUACAUAAUAUUAUAUCAUGAUGACGAUCAUGAUGCUGGAUGGCGUGCCAAGCGAGACGGGAAUUGUUUCUUAACAAAAAAAAAUUAUAUAUAUAUAUAUAUAUAUAUAUAUAUAUAUAUGAAUAUAUAUAAAUAUUACAUAUUACAUAUGUGUAAAAUAAUAUAAAACGACGAUAAAACGAUAUUAAGAAUUAAUAAGUACGACAAAAUGACUGCUCUAUACUGCUAAAGUACAAAUGUUUCAUUUAAUUGUUUUCUUUUUUAAGAAUAUCGAUUUGUUAGAGAUUAAGUUAAAAGCACGUGAUCGUAAAAAGAAGGCAACGAUCAAUGUGCACGUUGUAUGUAUACUUGUAUUUAUUUGUUAAUCCGAGAUGCGUGACGUGUAUAUGUGCGUUACGAUUAUUAUUAUUAUUUUUAUUAUUAUUAUUAUUAUUAAUAUUAUUAAUAUUAUUAAUAUUAUUAUAUUAUAUUAUUAUUAUUAUAUAUAUAUAUUAUAUAUAUAUAUACACAUAACACACACUUUCUCACAUACACGUACGCUCUUCACUGUACUUAAUUAUACGAUAAAUUACCUGAGUACAUCGGCGUGCAUGAAAUCCGUAAAAAAAGAAUUGUUCGAUCCCUGAUUAUUGCUCCACGUCCAUUUUCGUAGGACGUAACGAAAUAAGAGUUCGUUUAAUAGAGAAACCAUCUCAUUGCUGUUAGAUCAUUGUAUCUAAAAUUUAUGAGCGAUUAUUACUUCAAAUUACUACAUGUUCUUUUUCUUUUUUCUUUUUUUCUUUUUCGAUUCUUUCUUCUUUUCAAAGUACCGAAAUUUUAUCUUCAUUUCAAUCGAAAAAGUAUCCUCUAUUAGAGACACGAACAAUGAUGAGAUAAAGUAAAUACAAAUUUAUUUUACAUAUACUUAUAUAAUAUCCUUGCACAAAAUCGACCAACGAAAAUGCAACCCCGCGUAGGACUGAUCGUUAUCAGCAUAUUCCUAUCACAUAAAGUUUAUAUAAGCAGUACUGGAAAUGUGAAAAAAAAAAUUGAUGAUAAUGAGAUGCCUCGAGAAUGGACGAUGUAAAACCAAAGCUGAAUUAUUUAUCGCUAACCGUGUUAUCAUCGUGGGAAAAACAGUAUAAAAUUUGGAAAUAAUCCGUGUAAAUCAUUCGUCGGACACGUUAUGUGGAGAGAGAGUUGGGGCAAGAUGAUAACCUGUAAGAAUUGAGACACAUAGAAAAAUCAAUGUUAUAUUAAAAAUCAUUUCCUAUGGUAAAAAAAAGAAAGUACAUACAUACAUACAUAUAUACAUGCAUACAUACAUACAUAUUACAAGUAUAUCAGUUACGCAGUUUAACACGAUAAUCGAGUUAAAACAAAAAAAAAAAAAGGAAAGAAAAGAAGAGAAAUCACAAAGAAACAAAUAAAAAGAAAGAAGAUUCGAAAUACUUGUGUCCCUGGUAGGACAAUCGUAUUCAGGAGUUCCUAAAGUCACGAUUUCUUAGAUAAGCAUGCAACUUGAUCAUUUUUUAAUCGACCUUCCUCUUUCUUCCUAUCAUAAAAUCUUUAUUAUCACUAAACAUGCACUAUUACAUGACUUCUAUCGAGCAAACAUAUUCUUGAGAAAAGAAGUACAUACACGAGGUGUCUUUGGGAUCUCCUGAAAUGUGUUUUAUUAUUAUAAAACAUCGGCGAAUUUGAAUUCGUAGGCAUGAUCUUGCUUUGAGAAUGGUCUCCUCGAACUCGAUUCUUCGAUUAGAUAGGUAAAAUAAAAGAAAAAAAAAAGAAAGAUAAAAAUAAAAAAUCGAGCCGAGACAAUCGGAGCGGAGUGCGCAAGAGUAAAUGUAAUUUCGAAUUUAACUGGUGUAAUAUCCUACGUACAUACAUACAUAUAUACAUACAUACAUGCAUACAUGCAUACAUGCAUAGAUGAAUACAUACAUACAUACAAACAUACAUAUGAUAUAUUAAAAUAGGCAGCAAUGGUAGAACGGUAGAAAUGUAAUUAUCUUGAGAGGGAGAUCAUGUGGGCGUACCUAAUAGAAUAAAAAAAAAAAGCUCGUAGAUAGGGAAUGCUAGAUUUCUCGAUCGUUGACGUUUAUCCUCUUCUUUCUCCCUUUUCGUCUCUUCGUCCGUCGUGUUCGAUGGUUUCACCUGUAAUAAUAACGUAAAAACGUUUCAAAAAAAGAUCGAAGAGAGCUCGAUUAAAUUCGAGAAAAGAAACGAUACUUGGUGCCAACUAUUUAUUAUAAUAAAUUAAUUAAUUAUUAAAAUAACGAUUAAAGUAAGAAACUUUACUUGAAAGUAGGUGACGACGUCGUGACGAAUGAUCCGAAAAGGCGACGAAAGGAUCUUUCCAUGGUUUUUAUUCGUAGUCGCGUUUUAUUAAACUAUCUCUCCUUUUAAGGAUCUAUCGAUGUUCGAUCUUUCGUGGGAUCUAAAAUCCGAACGAAAAAAAAAAAGAAAAAAAAAUGAAAAGUAAAAAAGAAAAGAAAAACAUACAUGUAUAAAUUAAAUCAUAAAUUUUGCCUCCGAGAGGAUAGCAUGGCAAUACGAGAGAAGCGACGACGAAAAAAGAGAAAUAAAAAAGAGAAAAGGAACAAAAAAAAAUAAUAAUAAUAAUAAAAUAAAGAGAACAAUUUACACGUAUAUAUACCUAUAUAUAUAAAGAUAUAUGUAUAUAUACAUACGCUGUUUCAUACCGUCGCUGCUUUCAGUUUUUAAUCGAAAUAUUAUAAAAUAAUAAUAAAAAGAGAGAAAAAAAUGCAGUGGUCUACGAUACACUAUAUGAUGUAUGUAUAUCCUAUUUCAAAAUAUUUAAACUAAACGUGCAGAUUACUAGAAAUUUUAUAUUUUUUAAUCGAGACGCGCCAACGCCGACACGUCCUCGCGCUCGUUAUUUUUUUAAAAGAAAACACCAACGCCGAAGUUGUUACAUAUCAUUGUUAAGUUACUUGUAUGUAUAAAAACAUACAUACAUACAUACAUACAUACAUGCAUACAUAUAUACAUAAUACGUACGAUGAGAAAGACGAAGCGCAUUCGAUCGAACAAGAAAAAAUAAAUCACAUUUUUUCUUCUCUCUUGGAAACGAACAAUUAAAAGAAAAGAAGCUUCGUUCGAUCCGUUUGGAAACAUAUAAAAAAUACCAUAAAAAAAUACCGUAAGAACAUAUAAGACGAAACGUGAUUGGCAGCUUUAUUUGUCCGUCUUAAAGGCGUGAAAAUGUUAUAAUUUAUCAUAUUUUUCAUCGUGAUCUCUUUUAUGUUUAGCGUCAACGACUCUCUCACGAUCGCCUACUCGUUAUGCAUGCUAAUAAAUGUGAGAUUGUUGAUGUGCGUCGCUUGUCUGCGUUUAAACAAAAAAAUGAUAAUCGUAUUUUCGAAUGUUCGACACACAUCUACGUUCCAUUAAAAAAAAAAAAAGAAAAAAAAAAAAGAAAUUAAAAAAAAUAAUAAUAA